ACACACACGCAAAACAUAUAUCAAAUGUGGAUUUAUUACCCUUAAACUAUAAAAAAGACCCCAUUUAAUUACAUAUCUUACUAUUUUUUUGUCCCUUUUCUUCAAUUUUCAUUUCAUUUUCUAUUUUUUUCAUGUCUAAACAUAAGUAAAAACCCUUCUUCUUUUGCAAAACCUCUAAGAAUCCAAAACAUCUACCAAACAUUACAUAUAUAUAUAUACACAUUAUUAUUAUCUAAUUGGAAGAUAAUUAAAAAAAAAUUCAUUAUAAAUAAAAAAAAAUGGGGACUGAAAAUAAUAAAGAGGAUCGGAAUUCGCCAGAGUAUUUAUCACAAUUGUUAAAGGAUAAAAAACAGUUACAGGCGUUUCCGAAUGUCUUUGUACACAUGGAAAGACUACUCGAAGAUGAGAUCGCACGGAUACGAUCCUCAUUGUUCCAUCACAAAGGAAACAGCAGGGAAUCUUUACCCUUACCUGCAUCAGAUGGUCAAGCAGUCACAUUAUCACAGAAACUUUAUGUACCUGUCAAAGAACACCCUGAUUUCAAUUUUGUCGGACGAAUAUUGGGCCCACGAGGGAUGACUGCUAAAGAACUCGAACAAUACACAGGCUGUAAAAUCAUGGUACGAGGGAAAGGAUCAAUGCGGGACAAGGUAAAGGAGGAGUUGAAUCGGGGAAAGCCAAACUGGGAACACUUGAACGAAGAGUUGCAUGUACUCAUCACUGUAGAAGACACACGUAACAGAGCAGAAAUCAAGUUACAGAAGGCUGUCGAAGAAGUGAAACGACUGUUGGUGCCAGCAGCUUCGAGGAAGGACUGUCAACUUGAUUCCAAACAUCCCGAAGGAGAGGAUGACUUAAAGAAACGACAACUCAUGGAGCUAGCUAUCAUUAACGGCACAUAUCGUGACACUUCUAAACCAUCCGCCUCUGCAGCACAACCUUCCUCCACCCAUAUGUCUGCCGAUGGAAGUGGCCUCAGCGGUUUGAAUAUCCCGAGUGCGGGCUGCCCCCUGGUUGUUGGCAACCAGCUCUCCUCCUUUGAUCAGGUGAUAGCUUCCAAAUUUCCGGGAAACUUGGAAUAUAACUUAAAUACUUUCCUUUCAGAAGCUCCUCGAAUGUGUGCUCCUCCGUUGACCAUUCCACAGCUGCGUGCCGCUAACCCUAGCGGUGGUCAAAUCAUCCUGGCACCUCGCCUACCUUCAGUCGCCACAAGUACAGGCAUACUAAAUGGGGCACCGCCACCCCUCGUUUCUCCGCCAGAUCCCAACCUGAUGUACAACCCCUAUGAAUAUCCAUAUGCACUGGCAGCACACACUGCAAUUUUGGAAUAUCCUACUAUUGAUCAAACUCAAACUGGUCCUAUUCCUAAAAUCAGGAGAACACUCUCUGGUGUCAGAGAACACCCUUACAAUAGGGUGGCUCUCCCCUGAUCUUUCUCAAAAGCAGCUGGCAACUAACCCUAUCAUCCUGGUCACAAAAGCCCUGAAACCCCCUGUUCGUGUUGUAGACUUCAACAUUGCCGGGUGGGAUGUUACAGAAGGCGCAGGUGGGGCGUGUUGCGGCCGACAAGCAAAAAAGCAAAAAAAAAAAUUUUUUUCUAAAAAAAAAAAUUUCUUAAAAAAAACAAAAAAAAAAUAUUUAUAUAUAUAUAUAAAAAAAAAACUUCUAUUAUUACUACUACUACUACUACUCCACCUCGCAGUGCACCAUGACUACCACUUCUACUACUAUUACCACCACCACUACUACUUCUACCACCACUACUACUACUACUGCUGCUACUACUACUACUAUUACUAUGACUACUGGCAUCAAUUUAUCAACAGCUGUCCAUUUCCACUCCAUCCUUGUCAGUAUUACUGCCAGCUGUCUUGUGGCCAAAAUGGCAUAACUACCACCACCACCACCACCACCUACUACUACUUCUACAACAACCAUCUUCUUCAUCAUCAUCUACACCAAGCACAGCAGUUUGUCAAUGGAGAAAGCAGAGAUACGAGAACCAACAGAAAAAGGAACAACAAAUUAGUUGAAACAUGAUGGAAACUUUCAAAAAAAAAAAAAAAUGCCUUUUGGGUAUUU